CGCUUGUUUGCGUUACCUCCGUGGAAACUGAGCUUGUGUUACCUGGGCGAGAUCUCUGGGGCGCGAGCGCUAUGUAAAUAUUGAAUUCUGCCAGUGUCAGGCAUGGCAAAGAGCGUGGCGCUGAUUCUGUCCGGCUGCGGCGUGUAUGACGGCACAGAGGUUCACGAGGCGUCUGCUGUGAUGGUGCACCUCAGCCGAGCAGGUGCCAAGGUCCAGAUGUUUGCGCCUGAUGUUGAGAUGAUGCAUGUGGUGAACCACUGUGAAGGCAAGCCCGUGACGGACAAGAGGAACGUGCUGCAGGAGAGCGCGCGCAUCGCCCGGGGUGACGUCACAGACCUGGCCACGCUGGACGUCGGCGCCUUUGAUGCGCUCAUCAUUCCAGGUGGUUUUGGAGUGGCUAAAAACCUGAGCGACUGGGCCACCAAAGGCAAGGACUACUCGAUCAAACCUGAGAUUGAGAAGGUCAUUAAAGCUUUCCAUCAGGCCAAGAAACCCAUGGGCAUGUGCUGCAUCUCUCCUGUGCUGGCAGCCAAAGCUAUUCCCGGGUGUGAGCUGACCGUCGGCCACGACUCGGAGUGUGAGAAGUGGCCGUAUGCUCAAGUGGCUAAAGCCAUGGCAGAACUGGGCUGCAAACACUUGAACAAGAACGUGGGCGAGGUGCACAUCGAUUCCAAGAACAAACUGGUGACUACGAGUGCGUUCAUGUGCAACGCUGACAUCCAUGAGAUCUUUGAUGGUCUGGGUGUCAUGGUCAAAGAAGUUCUCAAACUAGCCUAAUUUUGUCAUUUGAAUGUCUGAAUAUUAUUACAUCAAUAGAUAUGUAUAUUUAUUUAUAAAUGAAUGUUGUCCUUUAAACCCAGGAAAAAAAGCAUCACAAAACCAAUGAGACCAAUUCAUUUUCAGUAAAACAUACUGUUUUUGUGUUUUUGUGGUAGUCUAUUAUCAAUAAAACUGAUC